UGUGUUAUCACUUUUGUCGGAAUCACUUUGGACUGUUUCGCAGAGCAUGGGUUUAAUGGAUCCUGUUUCGUUGUUGUUCGUGUUUGUCCUUACAGUAGUGUUGUUUUUUAAAACUGGCAGUAAAUGGAAGAUUAGUGGCCGAGAUCUUCCCCCAAGGCCAAGGCCGUGGCCAGUUGUUGGAAAUCUAAACCUUUUGGAUUUGAAGAGGCCUUACAGAACCAUGUACAAGUUAUCGAAGCGGUAUGGUCCUAUCUUCAGCUUACAAAUGGGAUCCCAGAACAUGGUCAUUCUGUCGGGCUAUGAGACUGUAAAGGAGGCUUUGGUGAACCAAGCAGAGGCCUUUGCAGAGAGGCCUAUGGUCCCAAUCUUGAAAAAGAUGUCAGAAGGCUAUGGAGUUAUUCUUUCUCACGGUGAGAACUGGAAGGUGAUGCGGCGGUUUAUGUUAACCACGUUAAAAGACUACGGAAUGGGCAAGAGAACCAUAGAAGACAGAAUUGUUGAAGAAUGCCAUUUCUUAAUUCAGAAAUUUGAAUCCUACAAAGGAAAGCCAUUUGAGACCACUGUAAUCAUGAACGCUGCUGUUGCCAAUGUUAUAGUGUUCGUAUUACUUGGCAAGCGAUACGAAUAUGAAGAUCCCACUUUUGUACGACUACUGAACUUGGUCAAUGAAAAUAUCCGACUUGCUGGAAGUCCCUCAGUCACGCUGUACAACAUGUUCCCUUCUCUGGGCUUUCUUUCUGGUGGUCGCAACACUGUACUUAAGAACAGGAAAGAACUGCACGCCUUCAUACAGGCCACCUUCAUAGAACAUCUCAAACAACUAGAUGUGAAUGACCAGAGAAGUUUCGUCGAUGCUUUUCUAAUCCAACAGCAAGAGGAGAAGAACAGGAGCCAGAGCCAUGGAUUCUUUCAUAAUGAAAACCUAAAGUCUGCUGUGAGUGACUUAUUCGCUGCUGGCAUGGAGACCACUUCGACCACCUUGCGUUGGGGCCUGUUGCUGAUGAUGAAGUACCCUGAAGUUCAAAGUAAGGUCCAAGAAGAAAUUGCAAGGGUGAUCGGGUCUUCUCAGCCCAAGAUCGAACACCGAUCAAAACUACCCUAUACGGAUGCAGUCAUCCACGAAGUUCAGAGGUUUGCUAACAUCCUCCCUAUGGCUAUCCCACAUGCUGCCACUGUGGACGUCACUCUGAAAGGCUAUUUCAUUCCAAAGGGAAUGCAAGUCAUUCCACUACUGUACUCUGUGCUGUAUGAUGAAUCUCAGUGGGAAAAACCCUUGAAAUUCUAUCCUGAGCACUUCCUUGAUUCCAAAGGAAAGUUUAGAAAGAGGGACGCCUUCAUGCCUUUCUCUGCAGGUCGGCGAGUGUGUGCUGGUGAGAACCUGGCCAAAAUGGAGCUCUUCCUCUUUUUUGUGAGUCUCCUGCAGAGAUUCACUUUCCAGCCAGCCCCCGGGAUGUCGAAAGAAGACCUGGACCUGACCCCUGCAGUUGGGUUCACAACACCUCCCAUGGCCUACAAUAUCUGUGCUUCGCCAUGUUCUUAAGAUCCAACUCGGCUUAGCUCCCCUGUGCGCCUCACCCACUUUUCGGUGUUUUCUUGCCUACCAAGAACAUUUCAGAUUCAGUGUAAAUGGACUAUACUGUCACAAA